GCAUGGCCGACUUGGACAAAAUGUUCACCAUGUACAACGCCAAACCUACCAAAUCUCCGUUCUGUCGGACUACACUCGACGUUACGUGCGCCUACUCCUCAACCAUCGAGCAUCGUCUUCACAUCACCCAUGCCUAGAAAGAACCGCAUCCCGGCCUCUGCGGUUCAGAAUCGCGACAACCAGCGUCGGUCACGUGCGCGGCGCCGGCAGUUUAUUGAAGAGCUCCAACAGCAGCUCCAGGAUCACGAACGUCGGGGCGUUCAGGCCAGUAUUGAGAUGCAGCGCGUGGCUCAGGCUGUUGCAUUGGAGAAUAAACAUCUCCGGGGCCUACUCCAUCUCCGAGGCGUGUCGCAAUAUGACAUUGACCGUCACCUCUCGCUGAUGGGGUCUGCCGGCACUGAACAAAACCUAGGCCUUCGGAAUUCCCUGCAGAGAGGCAGUGAUCCACCUCCGCCUGGCGGACAACGCCAUGGUGCGAUGGAACAGCCAUCUACCGACACGGUACACGCAAUCGCGACCUAUCCGAGCGACAUGGACGAUAUGCCCUCGCCUCCAAGCACACCACCCUUGAAUUCCGUUUCAUCUACACCAAGUCGCGGACUGGCACCGUCAGGCCCUGCUAGAUGUGCUCCGUCAGCAGAUGUGGCAGAGACAGACUGUGUCACCACCGAUAACCGCGACCACGAGAAGGGUGCUUGUUACGAUUCAAAUACCGCUCAAAUCCCAGACCGUACGAGCAUCCCGUUCAUUUGUAAUGAUGACUUGCCCAAUCCAGGUAGUCGUACAGACAUACUCCCACCGGUGACGGACUGCUUUUGCCCACCUGACUCACCUGUUUCCGUCUCAGGCCAUUGGAACAGAGGACUGUCUUGCAAGGCAGCAAUUGACAUCAUUGCCGGGCUGCAGACCAGUGUAGAUUCGGACCGGGUCCGUGGGCUGCUGCACUGUAAAGAAUCAGAUGACUGUCUUGUUCAGAAUUCCAGAGUGUUCCAAAUACUGGAUACAAUAGCUUAAUCGAAUUGUUCUUACCCUACCAGAAGCACAUCACAAC